AUGGGCUUUUCCAUCAUCCCAGUGGAAGAGAUUGAUAUUCCUUUCGUCUUUCUUCAAGCAAAACAACCCGACAUUGAGCGGUUUUCGGCCAGUACUCUUGUUUUCCUUUGUGACCCCCGCGAGUCACUUACCUUGUACGUUCUUCUCUGUCAACGGGCUCUACUCGGCAAAGACGAGAGUGGUAACGACAAAAAGAAUUCAUGGCCCUUCUCCUGGGAGCCACCUGGGGGAUCUCAAGACAUAUUCGACGAAACUAUUCUGAGCACCGCGAAACGUGAAACGGAAGAAGAAGUCAACUUGCACGGCUCGCGUGUCUCUCGUCAGGUCUACAGGGAUCUCUGGAUACAUAAGGGAGUUUCGAUGGCCAGAUACACAUUUCUCCUGGAAGUUCAUGAGCAUCUGAAGCCGCAACGAACAUGGUGCGACACACAGCAGCAGCCAGUUGGUACGAAGGAAGGACCUGUACGGUUAAGGGAAGAUGAACAUAUUGAUUACUGCUGGGCUACGGAAGCUCAAAUUCGUAGUUCAACUCUCUACGAUGAAAGGAAUUCUCAGCAUCAAAGAGGACCUGUUAUGCUUGAAAGUAAGAAGGAUGUGAUCCUCGACGCUUUUAUGAGGCUGAAGCUUUCUUCAAUUGAUAUGACAUACGCUUUGUCGAUGGAUUGA